AUGCUCCUCCACAAUGACAACACAGCCUCAUCUCCCUCAAGAAACUCCUCCCCCAAUAUCAUCCUUAUGGUUGCCAAUCUAGACAUCAAACAUGUCAACAGAGGAACAAGCCCAACACCACCAGAGUCCAACACCACCAUCACUAUCCUCACCCAAAGUCUCAACAACUUCUCAGACAACGAUGCCAAGGACUAUGCCAAGUUCAAGGAAAGGGAGUGGACUCAUACUAAUAAACAACCAUCUAGGAGGAGUUCCCAAGAUGCACCAUGGGAUGAGGGUACUUAUGACAAAAACAAUGGCGGUCCUAGCGGACCUACAACUGAAGUUCCACCUUCUAUUGGAGUUACGACAACUCCUGGAACUGGAAGUCCCUUGGGACUACAUGCGAGAGGUGGAGGUCAACAACCAGGCAAUGGGGCGACUGACCCAGUUCCAGUUCUACCAGGAAUUACAAAACUGACAGUACCGGUUAGUGGACAAGUUCCCAGCACCAUGGGAAGAAUUACCCAUCGUCCAAAUCCUCACUUUGGAGAACUGGAACAAUAUAUGGACACUCUCUUACAGCAGAACAUCAUCUCUGCAAACAACCAGGAAAUGAAAACAACAAUCGCAAGCCUACAGAUCAGAACACUUGCCCUCCAAACCAACCCUAACACAGCAUCUGGGUAUGAGGACAAUGAUGGACGACCACGAGCCCUCCUCAUCUACCUGGAUGAGUUCACCCAAUAUGUCAACCAAGAGCUCCUUCUAGCUCUCCUCUUCUUAGGGGAGUUGGGAGAUAUCCAAGCGGUCAGAACCAACCCUUUCUGUGUCAUCACCUGGAAUGUACCCCCAUGCAUUGGAAAACGUCCCGCAGCUAUACCAAAUCCAAGAGGGGUUCCACAUAGUUGUGGAACGCCCUCCUCUGUGACAACAAGAGGAUACGAGAUUUUCCCCUAUCCCAUGGAAAUACCAACGAGGAGAAACCGCCCAUCUAUCGAAGAACCCAAGGAAGAAGAAACCAAGGAACCCAGGCAACCCUCCAAUGCGGAAUGCAUACUAGCAGGGGUGUUCAACACCAGUCUGGAAUGCCUCCUACUAAUCAUCGACUUUGUACAGACAAGGGACAGAAUAGCCAAAGUAGCCGCAGAACUUGCCAUACUGAUUCAGAGGCUCGAAGAAAUUGCCUCUCGACUCAAUCCAAGCUCGAUGCCUAGGAUGCUCUAG